CGACGCUGCAACAUUCGACCUUCUCGUCGAUAUCGGCGCUAGGCCGCCCGCUGCGUCGGGCUGUCACGGAGAUAGCGUCAUCGAUGGCGCCACCCUUGAUAUGUCAGCAGGGACCACAGCAUAAAGCUCAAAGCGGGGAGCUGUUUCCGCACUUGAAAUCGCAACACCCUCGCGCUCUCUUGAAGAUACAAGUCGGCAUUCACUUUCAAAGAUCAAAAACGCCAAUCCUCUAGCACAGCCAACAUAGUAGCCUGACAUUUGCCGGACCACAGACGGAAGCAACCAUGGGCGGCCAGGACGCAAAGCUCAUCCUCUACACCAACCACCGAUGCCCUUGGGCGCACCGGGCACACAUUGCCCUCGAGGAGCUCAAGAUACCGUUUGAGGAGGUCAUCAUCGACCUCGACACGCCGCGCACGCCCGAGUACCUCAAGAUCAACCCGCGCGGCCUGGUCCCGGCUCUGUCGUACAAUGGCGAGAUCAUCAUCGAGUCGGCGAUUGUCGUGCAGUUCCUGACCGAUGCGUAUCCGUCGCACCUGGUGCCGGCCUCCAACGAGCCGGGCGGCGCCCUCCGGCGGGCGCGCAUCGCCCUGUUCGUCGAUGCCUACGUCUCCAAGGUCAACGGCAACGUGUUCGGCAUCUUCAGGGCCAAGACGGAUGAGGAGAUCUCAUCGCUUCCCGAGAAAAUUGUCGCGGGCAUUGUCAGCGAGGUCGAGCCCAAGCUCGCCGACGCCAACCCGUUCUUUGGCGGUAGCGACAAGCUCACGCUGGCUGAGGUUCUGACCGGCUCCCUUGUCCUGCGCCUCAAGACCUUCACGAAGGCUGGCAUCUACCCCGAGACGCUCUGGACAACGAUCCAGGAGAAGGCCCCCAAUUUUGCCAAGUGGGCUGAUGCGGUGACGGCGCAUCCCAGCGUGACCUCCAUCUUCGACGAAAAGGCCCAAAUUGAGGGGACAAGGGCGAGGCUUGCGAAGCUGAGGGCGGCCGCUUGAAGUGUUGAUUACCUUACCUAGGCAGCCGGCAGGUGUGAGCCUCGGGGCAGAUUGCGCGCUGGUUGGGGCAGUAAGAGUCUCGGAUUUUGUCGCAGCCUAGGUAGUCCGUAGAUCGGUGAUUUUAGCGGGGGCACAAUGAUGCUAGUUUCGAUCGCACACUACACAGUACUCCGUAUACAACUGGGGGCCUGGGGCAGCUCCCGUGUCAAGGUCCGAGUGCUGGGGUGUGAUUGCUGUGUCGCUUUCUG